AUGACAAUUAAAAAUUCUAUGAAUGUCAAUGAUGGCAUCAUUGCCGUGUACUUCAACCAGUGCUUGAUGGGUUGGCAUAAAAAGCAUGAGUUUACUGAUAUUAAUGCUAUUCUUCAAGAGCAUAAAGAAAAAAUUAUUUCUGACACAGAAGAACUGGAAAAAACAAUUGUUCCAAAAUACAGACACAUCAACCUAUGUACAACUGCCGAGUUUGACAAAGGUCUCUCUGCCAUUAAAGAACAAGAAGAUAAAAUCUGCCAAGCUGUACAUAAAAAAAGUACUCAGCUCACAGAAGAAACACAAUACAAAGUCCUUAUGGAGGUUGGACAGGGCUGUGGAGAAUUCAGUGUGUGGGGAGAGAUAAGAUCUUUGAUCUCUGGAAAUGACAAAACAAUCAAAGAGAUAGACAGGGCUGGAUCUAUUCUACAAACAAUUCAUACAAAUAAUGAUGUGCUGGCAUUGACUCUCAAUUCACAUCUGGAACCAGUGUUUUCCUUACAUAAUGCUGUUAAACAAAAUACAGACAUUUAUAUUUAUACUAGGAAUGAAAUGAAUGUAUUAUUUAACACACUCAACUGGUUUCCUGUCGGUCUUUGUUACAAAGAGAAUGGAGAUCUACUGAAUGGUAAUGGUGACAUCUGUGUUGCUGACUAUGAAAAGAAGGCAGUUGUUGUGGUGGAUUCUUCUGGGGACUACGAUUCAAAAUAUCCGUGUGAUGGGGGACUGAGUAUUGAUGCAGAUCACAAUCUUGUGAUUGGAAAAGAAGGUACAAGAAUCAUUCAGAUUAUCAAAUACCUAGAGUGA